GGGGAGUGCUCUAUUAUUGCCACUUUCAGUUGCCCGUCGAAUGUUCGCCAUGGAGAACGCUUCUCCUGCUGCUACUGCUGCUAGCCAGCUCGUGCUGUUGAUUUUGAUUGCUGGGACUGGGAGUGGCCAGGGUCAUCUGCUCUCCCAGCCCGCGAUGGAACUACGCAUUCAGGCCCAGGAACAGCUCAUCUCGCAGCACAACGACAGCGCCUAUGUGCAGCGUCUGAUGCGACUGUCCAAGGCGGCCGAGAUGCGAAACUAUAUGCAGACGGAGCUGGAGCCCUGCGACAAUUUCUACGACUACAGCUGCGGCAACUGGCCCAAAAUCAAUCCCGCCAAUACAGCAAGUCCGCGCGAGACCAACUACGAACAGCUGCUGGUCAAAGGCUACCACCACAAACAGCAGCGCCUGCUUCAGCGUCCGGCUGACGCUGCCACCGAUGCGGAUGAGCUGCUCAAAUUGAAGGAGUUCUAUUCCAGCUGCCUGCACUACCGCCAGACGCCGCUGCCUGUGUACCGCGAACAGUUGCUGGAGAUUGCGGCCGAGUUUGGGCAUAUGCCCGUCCUGGCCUUGCCGGGUCAGGAGUGGCCCGCCGACGACUUCGAUUGGGUAGCCACCGUGGCCCACAUCAAGCGGAAGUAUGGCCUGGAUAUCAUCCUACGCCUGCAGGUGUCUCCUGCGGGCAUCUAUGUGGGGCAGCCGCAGCAGAUCCUGCCACAGCCCAAUCGGCAGGCAAGAGCUGCCACCAUAGCGGACCAGCUAGAGCGGCAUUUGGGCGUGGAAACGGAAUUGGCACGGAACACUUCGCUGGAAAUCACGAGAAUGGAAGAUUUGGUGGCCCAGCAUAUGAGGGAUCUUCCAGUGGGUGUGCUGGCGCGUCCACGCACCCCCGAGGAGUUGGAUGCCCCCUACUCUGAAGCCUUCAAUCUCACCCAGUACAUUGAGCUUGUCCUCGAGCGGCCAUUGAACCCCAACGAUACUCUCUACGAGCAUGUGCCCAGCUAUCAGGCGCAUCUGCUGGGUUUUCUGAGUAACACUACGCCCCGGGAGCAGGCCAACUAUAUCUUCCACGAGCUGCUGCAGCACUUUUACUACGAGUGGAGUGGUUCCGUGGUGGAGCACUGCAUGUCCAAGACGAGGAGCCUGUUCCCCGAGCUGCUCGACAACAUGGUCCUGGGGGAGUACGGCGAUGCAGCCACUCUUAGCGACAUAGAGGCCGUCUGGCAGCAGAUCAAACGCAGCUUCCGUGACCUACUGGAGAACGACACCGCCGACUGGUUGGCCUUGGCCACACGCACCCAGUUGCUGGAACAGAUCAAUGCCACUCGCCUGCUGAUAAACGGGCAUGGAGAUGUGAAUUUCACACAGACCUAUGAACGAUUGGAGCUAAGGCCCCGCGACUAUCUGCAGAACCUGCGGGCCGUGCUCAGUCACGACAGUCUGAAGACCAAAUUGUCUGCGGCCCCAUUGACAGUGGCCAGCUAUGAUCCCGUGGAGAAGCGUGUCCUGUUGCCAGUGGCCCUGCUGCAGCCGAACUACCUGUGGUCCCGCUACUACCCACGCGCCCUGCGCUACGGGAGCUUGGGCACUCUGCUCGCCCACGAGUUGGCCCACAGCAUCGAGGAUGUCUCCCACUGGGAUGCCACGUCGAUAAAAGAAUACCACAAGCGAUGGGCCUGCUUCAAGGAACAGUACGGACGCCUCCGGCUCAAUGGAGAGUAUUUGCCGAAGAGCGAUCUGCAGGCGGAGAACAUAGCCGACAAUCUGGCUGUGCAGGUAUCCUACCACGCCUACUCCAAGUACCUGGCUGAGCUGGCCCCAUCCGCCCUGUCCUCGGAGCGGCUGCCACAGAUGACCCAGAGUCCGCGGCAGCUGUUCUUCAUCAGCUACGCACAGUUCUGGUGCAACGAUGCCAAUGAGCGGUUCCGCGACAGGGUAUCCCUACUCGUUUCGUACACACCCAAUGCCCUGAGGGUGCUGGGGGCACUCUCCAACCUUGGAGCCUUUCGGCGGGACUUUGGCUGCAGCAGUGGCAGUCCGAUGACCUCCUCCCAGAAGUGCCAGCUGUACGGCAUCUCCUUGGAUUAGUUGAGAGCCCUUCGAAGGGAACAUAUUCUCGAAUGAAAUAUAUUUUUAUAAACAAGAA